AUGUCUUCCACAGUUUACCAUCCUACCGAUUUGUAUAUUUCCUCGAGUUUGAAAUCACUUAUACCGGAAUUAAAAUUAUUUACUGAUUUACAAAAAAGAGAGGUUGACAUAGACAGAUUUAUUAUUAGGAAAAAAUUGGAAUUAGAAGAACUUUCUUCAGAUUAUAUCGAUUCCUCAACGUUUCAAGACCACAGUACUACUAGUGCUGAUAACAAACAUGUUUUACGUGUAUUUAUAUCCAAUAUCAGUGAAAACCAGCCAUGGCAAAAUGUCAACAAUAAUAAUGACACUUCUAAUACUGCCUCGCCUAAUAACGAAAAAUCUACUUGGACGUUACGUAUUGAGGGUAGGUUAAUUGAUAGCGAAUUAAGUGCAGAGGAUCCUAAAAGACCCAAAUUUUCAUCUUUUAUCGAUAGUAUAGCUGUAGAUUUUAACGAACAACUGAAGGAUAAUCAAGAUAAGGAAACCUCCACAGAGGAUAAUAUCAGUAAUACCUCCGCCACUUUACUGCCACCUGUUGAAUGGCAUGAUGAUCCUAAUGCCCCGCCUGUGGAAUUUGAUGGAUUAGAUAUCAAAAGACAAGGAUCCACAAACACAUCAUGUAGAAUCACUAUUCAGCCUAAAAACAGAACUGGUGACAUGUUGGAGUACAGUGAAACACUAAGUUUAUUGUUAGGAGGUUUGAAGACGGGGUCAUUACAAGAUGCUUUAUAUUACAUUUAUACUUUUGUGAUUAACAGUAAUUUACUUGAUCAAAAUGGCACUGUAAAAUUAACGCCUGAAUUACAAAAAUUAGUAUCUGUUUCUACCGCUUCUGUCAGUCCUACUGGAUCUGAUGAUGCAGGAUCUGAUGACAAUGAUAAUGUUCCAUCGACUUUACCACUAUCAAAAUUAAAUGAAAUAAUCUCUAAAAAUCACAUUAAACCGUUACCACCAGUGAUUAUAGAUUAUUUGAUCAGAUGUGAUAAAGCAUCUACAUAUGGCGAAUUAUGUUACGAUCUAAUUGUUUUUGAUUCUAAUAAAAAUAUAGAAGAAUCGAAUAAAGAUAGCACCAAUAGUGUAAACAAUCCUUACUCCAAUCUACUGCAACGAUAUCAAAUUGCUACACAAAAUUUGGACUCACAAAUUAAAGAUCAAGAUAAUAAGUUAAAUAGCUUAAUGUUGCAAUUGAAUCAAGCUUAUUAUCGACAACAAUUUUACAAGAAUGUUAGCGAGGAUCCUGUUGGGUUUUUGAAUAAAUAUAUUGAAAAUUCAAGUCGUAUGUUGAAGGUAUUAAGCGGUGAUGAGGGCUUUAAUGAAAAUGAUGUGAGGAGAUCAGAUUUUUAUAAAGACAAUGCAGACAUGAUAUAUGAAGAUAUUGCUAUAAUGUUAGCGAACGGUAGGCUAUGA